AUGCCUGUGAUGAAGGGAUUAUUAGCGCCACAGAACACGUUUCUGGACACAAUAGCCACACGGUUCGAUGGCACUCACAGCAACUUCAUCCUGGCCAAUGCACAGAUGUCGAAGGGCUUUCCCAUCGUCUACUGCUCUGAUGGCUUCUGUGAGCUUACAGGCUUCUCCCGGGCCGAGGUCAUGCAGAAGAGCUGUGCAUGUAAAUUCCUGUACGGGCCAGAGACCAGUGAAAGCAUCAUCUUCAGCAUUGACGAAGCCCUGGAGGAGCGAAAAGAGUUUAAAGAUGAGAUCAUGUUCUACAAAAAGACAGCUGUGCUUUUCUGGUGCCUGCUGGACAUUGUGCCGAUUAAGAACGAGAAGGGAGAUGUGGUACUCUUUCUGGCUUCAUUUAAAGACAUCACCGACACUAAAGCCAAAACCAUCCAAGACGACAAGAAGGAAGAUCGACGGCGUGGCAGGGUGAAAACAGGCUCUCCGUUCAGCUCAGCUCGUCUGCGGAGCAGUACAGUGCUUUACCACAUCUCUGGUCACCUACACAACAGAGAGAAGAGCAAGAGCAAGAUUAAACUCAACAAGAAUGUGUUUGGGGAUCUGCCUGCUCUGCCAGAGUACAAGGUAGCAGAUGCCAAGAAGUCAAAAUUCAUCUUACUUCACUACAGCACAUUCAAAGCUGGUUGGGAUUGGCUGAUUCUACUUGCCACGUUCUAUGUUGCUGUGACGGUGCCCUACAACGUGUGCUUCAUCGGUGAUGACGACGACCUAACCCGCACCACGACUGUCAGUGAUAUCGCAGUGGAGAUACUGUUCAUCAUAGACAUUGUUUUUAAUUUUCGCACAACUUAUGUCAGCAAAUCGGGUCAGGUGAUCUUUGACGCUCGACAGAUCUGCAUCCAUUACCUGACCACAUGGUUCAUCAUUGACCUGGUGGCCGCGCUGCCCUUUGACCUGCUGUAUGCCUUCAAAGUCAGCGUGGUGUCCGUGGUCCACCUGUUAAAAACAGUACGUCUGCUCCGUUUGCUGCGGCUGCUCCAGAAGAUGGACCGCUACUCUCAGCACAGCACAGUGGUCCUGACGCUGCUCAUGUCCAUGUUCGCCCUGCUGGCCCACUGGAUGGCCUGCAUCUGGUACAUUAUCGGCAAGAUGGAGAUGGAGGCCAAUGCCUACAACUGGGAUAUCGGAUGGCUGCAUGAGCUUGGGAAGCGUCUGGAGUCGCCUUACUAUGCCAUAGGAGGUGUGAACGGGACCGUCAGCGGCCCUGCCAUUCGCAGCGUCUACAUCGCCUCACUCUACUUCACCCUCAGCAGUCUGACCAGCGUGGGCUUCGGCAACGUGUCGGCCAACACUGACAUCGAGAAGAUAUUCUCUAUUUGCGUCAUGCUUAUAGGAGCACUGAUGCACGCGUUGGUCUUUGGUAAUGUGACAGCCAUUAUCCAGAGGAUGUACUCACGCUGGUCCCAGUACCACACCAGAACCAAAGACCUCAAGGACUUCAUACGUGUCCAUCACCUGCCACAGAGCCUCAAGCAGCGAAUGUUGGAGUAUUUUCAGACGACCUGGUCGGUCAACAACGGCAUCGACUGUAAUGAGCUGCUGAAGGACUUCCCGGACGAGCUGAGAUCCGACAUCACCAUGCACCUUAACAAGGAGAUCCUGGAGCUGUCGCUGUUUGCCUCGGCCAGUCGCGGCUGCCUACGCUCCCUGUCACUGCACAUCAAGACCUCCUUCUGCGCUCCUGGAGAGUACCUCCUUCGACAGGGCGACGCACUCCAGGCCAUCUUCUUUGUCUGCUCCGGGUCCAUGGAGGUGCUGAAAGAUGGCAUGGUGCUGGCCAUCCUGGGUAAAGGCGACCUGAUCGGGGCGAACCUGUCCUUAGAUGACCGAGUGAUAAAAACCAAUGCGGACGUGAAAGCCCUGACCUACUGUGACCUGCAGUGUGUUAACCUGAGGGGGCUGUACGAGGUGUUGGACCUCUACCCUGAAUACUCACACCGCUUCGUCCAGGACAUCCAGCAGGAUCUCACAUACAACCUGAGGGAGGGACAUGAGACACACGUUAAGGUCCGACUCUCCACAACAGCUCCAGAUACUCAGUCCGGGGUGAAAAAGAACGGACGAGUGGUUCAGGGCUAUCCGCACAUCAUAGAGGCAAAGGACAAACAGGAGGAAGAUGAGGAAGGUGGGAAGUCUCCACUGAAUCGCUCCAGCCAGAAGACCACAGGACAGAGCUCCAGGAGGUCUCGGAGGAAGAUCCAGGAAAUGACUCUCUCUACUUUAGACCCGUCCAACCUCAGCCCCAGGUCGAUUUGUGUCAUUCUUCAGCACAGUAAAGCUGAUAUUCUGCAGAACAGCACAGCAGAGUUAGCAGCUAAAACAGAGGAGACAAGAGGACAACUGCGACACCUCGACCAGCAGACACAGCUACUGCCGCCGCAGUUCCUACCUGGAGUUGUGUGUCCUGUGGAAGGCUGUUGUGCAUCCAGUGGCACUGAUAUGAGCAACCUUGGGAGGGAAGUGGCCGACCUUGGACAAGGCAUGAAGAGAAUUGCCCAACUCAUGGAGACCCUCAUGUCAGCGCCACAACCUACAGUAGUCUGCUCCACGCACUACUCCCCAGCACACAUCACAUACCUGCCCCAUCCUGCCCCUCCUAUGUCUUACCCUUCACCAUCCUCCUCUCAGACUGCCUCCAUCUGGACGGACACGCCCAUUUCAUUGCCUUCUUCUCCCUUCACCAUACCUCAGCAACAUGGUGCGAUAUGCCACACAGACUCCCUCACAGCUAGACCCCAGGACCUCCAGCUGCGCUACCCUGCUAUCCCCAGCUCAACUCCGCCUACUACUCAAAUCACAUCUGCCCUUCUACUACAGCCCUCGCCACUCAGCUCACCAGAGAUUUCCUACUACAAAGACGGGGUUUCUGUCUCCAUCAGGUCAAGGGUACACAGUCCACCUCCACAAGAUGGGGGAGAUGAGGGCCCUCAUCAGAGCUCUGUGUGUUCUCCACAAGCUAGACAUGGAGGCACCUACCACAACCCAACUAAGGGUUUGUAG